AUGAGGCUACACCCAUCGGGGGUCUUACUAGCACCACAUUUAGCCCUUGAAGAUUGCAAAGUGGACAGAUACGACAUCGCAAAAGGCACAAUAGUUUUUAUCAACACAUGGAGCAUUGGAAGGGACUCCGUUGUUUGGGAUGACGUGGACAGUUUCCGACCAGAGAGAUUUUUGGGUAGCGAUAUAGAUGUAAAAGGGCAACAUUUUGAGUUAUUGCCGUUUAGUUCGGGUAGAAGGAUGUGCCCUGGUUAUAGGCUAGCAUUAAAGAUGAUGAGGUCGCUAUUGGGGAACAUGUUGCAUGGGUUUAACUGGAAGUUGCCUGAAAAUAUGAGAUAUGAAGAUAUAAAAAUGGAGGAGGUCUAUGGACUAUCUGCCAAAAAUAAGUCCCCGUUAGUUGCUGUAUUAGAGCCUCGGUUGCCUAGUCAUAUGUAUCACUAA